ACCGCGUUUCCCGACGGUCGUUUUUUGGACCUCUCGCUCGGCGAACAUUUCCAUGCAAAAAAAAUCAUUUCAUAACAAAUAAAUUGGCCAAUUUCGCGAAUAAAUUCCCACUUGCAUCAUCGAAUCAUCGAACGCGUGACGGCAGGCAACGCAGGACGACAAAAUACGCCGCAUAACGAUGUCAUAAGCGAGUCAAGCAGAAAAAAAAUUUUUUUUUGAACAGUGUGUGUGUGAACACAGAAAAAAUAUAAUAAAAUUGACCUCCAUUUACUCAGAUUUUUUAGAAUAUAAGUUAACGAGAAUCGAGAAAGCGAGCGCACGACCGUAUUUUCCGUUUAUCUACAGGGGAAUAGAGGGACCGUUCGCGUAGAUUUUUUUCUUUUUUUGCGAAAAAAGAAAACGAGAGAGACUUUUUUUUAGUUCUUUGUUUAUUUUUAUUUUCAUUUUGUGAAGUAAAAAGGAAGAAGAAGAAGAAAAAUGGUGAAUAAGAAAUUGAAGAAAAAGACAAAGUGGCAUCCAUUGUCGUUGGCUGCUGGCACAAAAGACGGCGAAGAGGGCAAAGUGGAUGACGCCAAGUCUGCGUCGAUUCCCUUCAAGAUGGAGUGGAAAAUAAAUCACAACGGUGAAAAUAAUUAUUAUCGAAAUAAUCUUAGUAGUAGUAACGCAAAUUCCGCAUCGCAUCACAAUUACAACAACAACAACAAUAAUCAUCCUCAUCAGCAGCGCUUUGAUAAACGUGCCUCUAAAUCAUAUUCUAAAUCGCAUCACACGAACGACUACUCGUUCAACAACACUACGGGUGGUAAUAGUGAUAAUAAACUCGGUAAACAAGAACAUCAAAGUCACAAAGAUUUUCCAAAGAAAGUACAGUUUAAUGAAGACGAAUAUACUCGCAUCACCACACCGCGACAGGAUGUUCUCUUUAAGAAAGGAUACCUUUCCCGUCCAAAGACACAACCCGUGACGCCCACACAUCAGCCCUACAACAACGUUCCCGUAGAUGGCUUCUACCCUGGCGCGUAUAUUACCGCCGAUUCGCCCCCACUUGCCAUCAAUGGUGCCCUUACUCCCCCCAAUGGUGCUGAUUAUCCAUUUAUUCCUGCUGGACAUGGUGCUUUUAUGAGUGACGCUUUAAACAACGUCUAUGGUAAUCCCGUAUUUUUUAUGCCUUAUCAUCAGGAUAUCUUUUAUCCGCCAUCUGACCUUGAAAUUGGUGAUACAUACAACAUGUACAAUAAUAAUUUAUACUCACCGCCGCUCUUGGAGGAGCAAGACGGAAGUGUUUCGCAGCCAGUGACAUCCGCCACUAGCACAAAUUGUUCCGACGAAAGCGAAAGCUCGGAAGAAGUCGUAACAACAGCCACUGAACCAACAGAAGCUUCCACAGAGAUCUCUGCGCCUGAAAAGGAAACAGAGACCGCACAAAAUCCUGAGGAAACGUCUGUCGAAAAGACAGUUGAGGACCAGGAAACACCAAAAACCGAAGAAAAUCCCGAAGAAGUCGUAACUAAUGUCUCUCCAGGAUGCUUUGAAAACGGAUACGAUUCGUUAAAUCCAUAUUUGAACCCCUAUACUCCCGUUUACUAUUACCCGAUGCCAUUUUAUCCUGUGCCACCAAUGGGUCCUUACAGCCCAAAUGAAUUCUACCAAAGUCCCGAAGUAGUUGCCGGUGCCAAUGGAUUCGGCGGCGGCGUCGAGAAUGGUCGCUACAACAAAUAUCCGAAACGCAAAAAGCGUUAUCGCAAGACACUAAGCUCGUCUGGUACAAGCAUCACGGACUAUUCUGAGGACGAAUCGAUGGGACAGCACGAGGCAAUGACGAAUUCAGGUUCGGGCGAUUCGGGUUUCACGGAUGCCACAGCGACGAAAAAUGAAUUGCCGGCGGAGAAACAUCCAAUGGCUCCAUGUACUCCGGAAUUAAGUAUUAACGAAAUAAUCGCGCACCAAAGCACCCUGAACGUGGAAGUUCCGGAAUUUCGGCCAAAACAGUCACAACCGAUAACGAACGGUUUCUACAAUACUUCGUCGUACAAUAAGCACAACUACUACAACAACAACAAAAAGACAUGGUACCAUAGCAAUAGGGAGACAACGCGCGAAAAAUCAACAAAAACACCCUCAACGCAGCUAGUCGAGGAAAAAACAAAGCAAACAAAGUCAAAUAUUAGUGUUAGGAAGCCACUAGCGGACAAAAAGCUUCAAAGUAGCGAAAUACCCGUAGUCGUAGAAAAUACCGUUAACAACGUAAACAAUGGCAAUUCAACAAAACCUAGCAUUAAGAAACGUCCAACCAAUCCGGUGCUCGAAAAAAAGAUCCUCAUUGAAUCCACCAAGAACAUUGAAAUGCAAAAUAUCGAUCUCAUGAAGAGCAAAAUCGAAACGCUGACACGCAACGAUGUUCGCAUCGAGACCACGUGGGUUGUCGUCGGCGGCAAACGCAAAAUGAUCCAGGAAGAAAUCCCAAUUGAACGUGAAAAAACGAAGGAAGAGACAAAAAAUGAGCCAGAAACGAAUUCCAUCGAUGUUUCGCCGUCUUUGCCAGCUGUCGUAACUACCACAAACAAUGGUCAAGCAAAAAAACCCAGUCGAAAAGCCAAACAAAAGAACAAACCGCAGCACAAACGCAAUGCACAACAAGGCAAAAACACAAAACUGCAAGGAUUCGUAAUCGAAGAACCCACAUUUACGAGUGUCGAGCAAAAAACGCAAGUUCCACAAACGAAUGGCGACGAUAAUGAAAGCGACGCCGAGGAAUUACUCGAAGCAGCGCAAAUCGAAGCCAUCCCGUGGACCGAAGCAGAUAUCGGUGACGCCGUUUCCGACGAGAAAUUAUCGGAUUUGAGCGAGGCAUCGUCAGCUUCGACCUCCAUCAUUGUAAAUAACACGGAAAUCAACGAGACUGAACCCGAACAAACAACAGACUGCUCACAAAACGAUCAAAAACAGGAACCAACAUGUGAUGAAGAACCAAUGCACGAACGAAUUUUGGACCAAACGAAGGCUGAAGUACUUGAAGUCGCGGAAAUCGCAGCUGACACGAAUUGCUCAAGGCCGGUUCAGGACGAAAUCGAAGAGAAAGUCGUCGUCGUCGUUCCUGAAGAGGACAAAUCCCAAACUUAUUUUCAAAAAACUGACAAGACCAUUGAAAUUGUGGAAUCGCUAAUAAUCACCGAAGAAAAAUCAUCGCCGAAACUCGCAAACGGAAUUACCAAUCAUAUCGCCGUCGUCGUCGAAGAACCAACUGAGACUGAAACUGCCGUAAAAGAGGAAAUUUGUGCUAAAUUGAAUCAUGUCACGUGCGAAACGCUCCCGGAAAAAGUUGAAAAAUGCCCGGAAGAGACGUCCGACGCUGCCAUCCUCGAAAUCAAUGAGCCUCCAAAGUAUUCUCUGACAACGGCGGUGCACAAGUGGCUCAGCACGUUCAACAACAACGACCUACAAUCACUCUUCACAAUUCCACUGAGUCCGGAUUUCGUCGAGAAAAUGAAGCAUUGCACGGAAAUUUCGCAGUAUUUCGCGGACGACGAACUGCAACGUCUCGACACGUUCAUCAACGAAAAUUUCCGCUACGAUUCACACAUGAGUGCAGCUAGUAGUUUAAGUUCCUUACUAAGUGAUAUUACCGACGGCGACUACGACAUCGAGGACGAAGACGAUACCUCACAAAAUGCUAGAAGCACACACAAAAAAGCACUUAAAAAAUAUUUUGGUUGUGAAAUUAUGUAGAAAAUUUUUGAAUCAUUUUUUUUUACAUUUUAUGUUUUCUGUGUUUGUCACCAAAGAACCAGAAUUUCAUAUCACACACUCAGUCACUGAUGAGAAACGACUCCGAUGAAAUAAUUAAUAACCUACGUUUAGUUACAAUUUUCACUGAAUUAGCGUUUAAGACUUUUAGAGCCAAAAAAAAACAUGAAAUAACCAAAAAUUUGUAACAAGCCAUCGUCCUAUGCCCAGUUUGAAGUUUUUUUAACAUUUAUAUCAUAGCGUUGUAGCGUUAAUCACUCAUACAUAGCUUUUAACCGUUUUUAACAAAGUUGAAGUUUGUUCCUGGAUUGUCCCACUUUUUUUAAUUCGUUUUGAAAUAUCUCUCUUAUCAAUAUUAUUUACUAAAAAAAAUCACUGAAACAUCUUAGAGUAGAUUUUUAACAUCAUGUAAUCUCUUUUUUAUUACUUAAAAGCCCCCAUAAAAAAAUACUUGUCACAUUUUGAAGUUUACACAAGAUUUUUUGCUAUUCGUUUGCAAUAAUUAUUAAUAAUAAUAAUGAAAAAAAAAAUAUUUCAUAAGAACUUUAGGUGUUAAUUAUUAUGCUCCAUUUUAUAUAAGAAUAUGAUAAAAAAAAAUAAUUAAAAAAGUACGUAAAAAA